AUGAAUAAUAUACAUAAUUUGUUACAUGUUGAUCUUAAUUAUGGAGCGUCCUUUGUAAUUUACUCCAAAGGUGGAGGGUUUGGCGGUUUUGGUGGAUCCGGAAGCCCUGGAGGUCCCGCGGGUCCGAUAGGAUUUGGUGGUCCAGGUGGCAUAGGAGGUCCGAGUGGCUCGGGCGGUCCAAUAGGUUUAGGUGGGCCAAGCGGUUUCGGUGGCCUAAGUGGACCUGGUGGUCCUAGCGGACCCAGUGGUCCCAAUGGGCCUAGUGGUCCCGGUGGUCCAACGGGCUUAGGUGGCUCGAAAGGUCCUGGCGGUUUUGGCAUUCAAAGUAUCCCAAGCAGCUUUGGAACUCCUGGAAAAUUACUGGGUAGCACAGGAAUUGGUGGGUUUGAAAAGCCUGGAGAACCCGGUGCAAUAGGAUAUGGUGGUCCUGGUGCAAUAGGAGGACCGAGAGGCGCGGUCGAUGCAAGAGGUCCAGGAGGAUUAGUUGGUCCAAGUGGACAAGGUAUUCCAAACAGUUUUGGUGGCCCAAGAGGUGCCGGUAAACCAAGUGGACCCAGUGGGCUAAGAGGACCUGGUGGUCCAAGCGGACCAAGUGGGCCACAAAGACACGGUGGUACAACAGGUUUAGGUGGCCCGAAAGGUCCUGGUGGUCCUGGCAGUAUCCCAAGCAGCUUUGUAACUCCUAAUAAAUUACCGGGUAGCACAGGACCCGUUUUCGGCACCAAAGAUUCAAAAAUACCGGGUGGUCAAAAAGGUCCAACUGGCUUUGGAAGUCCUGCAAAAACGGGCUUCCCAUCUGAAAGUGGUCAAUAUAGGCCAGAUAAGUAUAAUCCGGAUGAAAGUGGGCAAUAUAAACCUAAUAAUGAUGGUCAAUAUAUUCAUCAAGCUGGACCAGAUGGACCAGGAGCACCAGAUUACAUACAUCAAGAGGGUCCAGGUGGCGGGUUUGGCGGUUCCGGUGGAUUCGGAAGUCCUGGAGGAACCAGAGGUCCAACAGGAUUUGGUGGUCCAGAUGGCAUAGGUGGUUCAAGUGGAUUAGGUGGUCCAAAAGGUCCAGGUGGUCCAAAAGGUCCAGGUGGUCCAAAAGGUCCAGAUGGUCCAAAAGGUCCAGGUGGUCCAAAAGGUCCAGGUGGUCCAAAAGGUCCAGGUGGUCCAAAAGGUCCAGGUGGUCCCAGAGGACCUGGUGGUCUAAGCGGACCAGGUGGUCCUACAGGAUUUGGCGGUCCAGGUACUAUAGGAGUUUCGAAAGGUGCUGGCGGUCCAAAGGAACCAGGUGGUUCAAGUAGACCUGGUAGUCUAACCGAACCACGAGGUCCCAGUGGUCCAACAGGUUCCGGAAGUUUGAGAAGUCCAGAUGGUCCUGGAAUUCAAGGUAUUCGAAGUAGCUUUGGAACUCCUGGAAUUUCACCUGGUAGCACAGGUAGCCCAGGUAGCCCAGUUGUUACAGGUAGUCAAAGCAGACCUAAUAACGUUUUUGGCACGAAAGACUCAACAACACUGGGUGGUCAAAAAGGUCCAAGUGGCUUUGGAAGCCCUGCAAGCACAGGUGCAGCAACUGAAGGUGGUCAAUAUAGACCAGAUAGGUAUAAACCGGAUGAAAGUGGGCAAUAUAAACCGGAUAAUGAUGGUCAAUAUGUUCACCAAGCUGGGCCAGAUGGGCCAGGAGCACAAGAUUACAUACGCCAAGAAGGUCCAGGUGGCGGGUUUGGCGGUUUCGGCGGAUCUGGAAGACCUGGAGGACCCGGGGGUCCGACUGGAUUCGGUGGUGCAGAAGGUCCAAGAGGCGCGGGCGGUACAAAAGGUCCAGGCGGAUCAAGUGGCCUUGGUGCUCCAAGCGGCCUCGGUGGUCUAAAAGGUCCUAGUGGUCCAAGAGGUCCUGGUGGUCCAAGUGGACCCAGUGGUCUAAGAGGUCCCGGUGGUCCAAGUGGACCCAGUGGUCCAAGUGGACCCAGUGGUCCAAGUGGACCCAGUGGUCAAAGAGGUCCCGGUGGUCCAAGAGGUCCCGGUGGUCCAAGUGGACCCAGUGGUCCAAAAGGUCCCGGUGGUCCAAGUGGACCCAGUGGUCCAAGAGGUCCCGGUAGUCCAAAAGGACCUGGCUAUGGAACUCCUGGAAUAUUACCGGGUAGCAUACGAAGUCCUGUUGGUCAAAGUGGUCUAGGCAAACCUGGUGACGUAUUUGUCACGAAAGGUUCAAGAACACCGGGUAGUCAAAUAGGUCCAAGUGGCGUUGGUAGUCCCGCAAGAUCAGGCACCCCAUCUGAGAGUGGUCGAUAUACGCCAGAUAAGUUUAAAUCGGAUCAAAGUGGACAAUAUGUACCAGAUAAUGACGGUCAAUACGUUCAUCAAGCUGGACCAGAUGGACCAGGAGCACAAGAUUACAUACAUCAAAAGGGUCCAGAUGGCGGCUUUGGCGGUUACGGUGGAUUCGGAAGACCUGGAGAACCUGGAGGUCCGAUAGGAUUUGGUGGGCCUGGGGGUCCGAAGGGCGUUGGCGAUUCGAGAGGAUCGGAUGGUCCAAAAGGACCAUAUGGUCCAAGUGGUUUGGGUGGUCCAAAAGGUCCAGGUGGUCCAAAAGGUCCAGGUGGUCCAAAAGGUUUAGGUGGUCCAGGUGGUCCAGAAGGUCCUGGUGGUCCGAAAGGUCCAGGUGGUCCAAAAGGUCCAGUUGGUCCAAAAGGACCAGGUAGUCCAAGUGGACUAGGUGGUUCAACAGGUUUAGGUGUCCCAAAAGGUUCAGUUGGUCCUGGCAUUCAAGGUAUCCCGAGCAGCUUUGGAACUUUUGGAAAAUUACCGGGUAGCACAGGAAUUGGUAGAUCUGAAAGACCCGGAGAAUCCGCUGAGAGAGGCGUGGCCGGUCCAAAAAUUCCAGGCGGUUCAAGUGGACUCUCUCGUCCAAGCGGGCAAGGUGGUCCAACAGGUUUUGGUGGUUCAAGAGGUUCCGGUGUUCCAAGUGGCCCCGGCGGAUUAAGAGGUCCAGGUGGCCUUGGCGUUCAAGGCAUCCCAUCUGAGAGUGGUCAAUAUAGACCGGAUAAAGUUAAAUCGGAUCAAAGUGGGCGAUAUAAAUCCGAUAAUGACGGUCAAUAUGUUCAUCAAGUUGGACCAGAUGGACCAGGGGCACAAGAUUACAUACAUCAAGGUGGUCCAGGUGGCGGAUUUGGCGGUUACGGUGCACCUGGAAAAUCUGAGGGACCCGGUGGUCCGUCAGGAUUGGGUGGACCUGGAGGUCCAAAGGGCGUUGGUAGCGCGGGAGGGCCAAAAGGUCCAGGUGGUCCAAGAGGAUCCGGUGGUUCAAGCGGACCCGGUGGGCCAAGCGGGCCCAGUGGGCCAAGAGGACCCGGUGGGCCAAGAGGACCCGGUGGUCCAAGCGGACCCAGUAGUCCAACAGGUACGGAAGGUUCAAAAGUUCCAGGUGGUCUUGCCAUUCAAGGUGUUCCAAGCAGCUUUGGAUAUCCUGGAAAAUUUCCGGGUAGCACAGAAAGCAUAGUUGGUCUAGGUGGUCCAAAUAUACCAGGUGCUCCAAAAACACCUAGUGGUCCAUUUGCUCAAAAUAUUCCAGGCAGUGCUCGGAGUCCACCGAGUAGCACAAAAAGCCCUUUUGGCACAGUCGAUGGCGGCAGACCAGGAGCCCUUGGAGGCUUCGGCGGCCCUGAAGCUCCAGGUUUAGUUGGCCCCUAUGGUCAGAGUAAGCCAAGUAGACCAGAUGGUUUAGGCGGUACCAUCCAGAGAGGGUAUCUUCCAGUGAAGGACGGUUCUAGAUCUCCAGGAGCCUCAACUGGAGUAAGGCCAGAAGAUUUACGAGGUUCAAGUGGCCCAGGUGGCGGGUUUGGCAGUUUUGGUCCAGGUGGUUCAAGCGGACCAGGUGGUACAAGAGGACCCAGCGGUCCAAGUGGGCCCGGCGGACCUAGCGGACCUAGCGGACCAAGCGGUCCGAGCGGAUCCAGCGGUCUCAGCGGACCCGGCGGUCCAAAAGGACCAAGCGGUCCUAGCGGACCCAGCGGUCCUAGCGGUCCCAGCGGACCCAGCGGUCCUAGCGGUCUCAGCGGUCCCAGCGGGCCCGGCGGUCCAAAAGGACCAAGCGGUCCUAGCGGACCCAGCGGUCCCAGCGGUCCCAGCGGACCCAGCGGUCCUAUCGGUCUCAGCGGUCCCAGCGGGCCCGGCGGUCCAAAAGGACCAAGCGGUCCCAGCGGAACCAGCGGACUCAGGGGUCCCAGCGGACCCGGCGGUCCAAAAGGACCAAGCGGUCCUAGCGGACCCAGCGGUCCCAGCGGAUCCAGCGGUCCCAGCGGACCCGGCGGUCUAAAAGGACCUUAUGGUCCAAUAAGUUCUGGAGGCCCAAAAGGUCCGGGCGGUCCAGUGACUCAAGGCAUACCAAGUAGUUUUGGAAGUAUUGGAAAAUUACCGAGCAGUGGAGGAAGCUUAUUUGGUUCAGGUGGUCAGGGCAGACCUGGUGACGUUUUCGGUACGAAAGGUUCAGAAACACCUGUUGGUCAAAAGGGUCUAAGUGGCUUUGCAACUCCUGUAAAAACAGGUGACGGGUUUGGCAGUUUUGGUGUCCCGGGAAGAUCUGAUGGAACCGGAGGUCCUAAAGGAUUUGGUAGUUUUGGUGGCAUAGGAGGUUCGAUAAGUACGGGCGGUCUAAAAAGUCAAAGUGGUUUAAGCGGACCAGGUGGUACAAAAGGACCCAGUGGACCCAGUGGACCCAGCGGUCUCCGCGGACCCAGCGGACCCAGCGGUCCAAAAGGACCAAGCGGUCCUAGCGGUCCCAGCGGUCUCAGCGGUCCCAGCGGGCCCGGCGGUCCCAGCGGACCAAGCGGUCCCAGCGGAACCAGCGGACUCAGGGGUCCCAGCGGAUCCAGCCGUCCAAGUGGACCCAGCCGUCCAAGUGGACCCAGCCGUCCAAGUGGACCCAGCGGUCCAAGUGGACCCAGCGGACUCAGGGGUCCCAGCGGACCCAGCGGUCCAAAAGGACCAAGCGGUCCUAGCGGAUCCAGCGGUCCCAGCGGUCCCAGCGGACCCGGCGGUGCAAGAAGACCUCAUGUUCCAAUAAGUUCUGGAGGCCCAAAAGGUCCAGGCGGUCCAGUGACUCAAGGCACACCAAGUAGUUUUGGAAGUAUUGGAAAAUUACCGAGCAGUGGAGGAAGCUUAUUUGGUUCAGGUGGUCAAGGGAGACCUGGUGACGUUUUUGGUACGAAAGGUUCAGGAACACCGGUUGGUCAAAAGGGUCUAAGUGGCUUUGCAACUCCUGUAAAAACAGGCGCCCCUUCUGAAAGUGGUCAAUAUAGACCAGAUAGGUAUAAACCGGAUGGUAGUGGGCAAUAUAAACCGGACAGUGAUGGUCAAUAUGUUCAUCAAGCUGGACCAGAUGGACCGGGAGCACAAGAUUACGUACAUCAGGGGGGUCCAGGUGGUGGUUUUGGUGGUUCCGGUGGACCGGGAGGUCCAACAGGAUUAGGUGGUCCUGGAGGUCCUAAAGGCGUUGAUGGUUUUGGUGGCAUAGGUGGUCCAAGGGGUACGGGUGGUCCAAGGGGCCCGGGUGGUCCAAAGGGCCCGGGAGGUCCAAAAGGUCCGGGUGGUCCAAGUGGACCAGGUGGUCCAAGUGGACCAGGUGGUCCAAGUGGACCAGGUGGUCCAAGUGGACCAGGUGGUCCAAGUGGACUAGGUGGCCCAAGCUUGCCAGGUGGUCAACGCGGAGCAGGUGCCCCAAGCAAACCAAGCGGUUCUAGCGGACCCGGUAUUUCAACUGGAUUAAUUGAUUUAAGCAGACCAGGGAGUUCAUUUGGACCAGGUCCAAGCGGACCCGUGAGUUCGAGCGGAUUUGCUGGUCCAAGCAAACCCGGUCAGGGUGGACCAGGUAGACCAGAUGGUUUAGGCGGUACCAUUCCGAGGGGGUAUCUUCCGGUAAAAGAUGGUCCUAGAUCUCCAGGGGUCUCAGCAAGUGUAAGACCAGAAGAUUCACGAGGUCCAAGUGGCGCAGGUGGCGUAUUCGGCGGUUUCGGUGCAGGUGGUUCAAGUGGAUUACGUGGACCAGUGGGUACAAGCGGUUCCGGUGGUCCACGAGGCCCGAAAGAUCCGCGAGGUCCUGACGGUUCUGGAAUCCAGGGUAUUCCAAGCAGCUUCGGAAGUGCUGGAAAAUUACCGAGUAGCACGGGAAGCCUUAUUGGACAAGGUGGUCAAAGCAAACCUGGUGACGCUUUUGGCACGAAAGGUUCAGGAACACCGGGUGGUCUAAAAGGUGGCGGGUUUGGCGGUUACGGUGGAUUCGGAAGACCUGGAGGACCUGGGCCGAUAGGAUUUGGUGGACCUGGUGGACCCGGUGGACCUGGUGGAUUAAGUGGUCAAAGCGUACCCGCCGGUUCAAGAGGACCCAGUGUUCCAAGCGGACCCGGAGGUCCAAGCGGGCCCGGAGGUCCAAGCGGACCCGGAGGUCCAAGCAGACCCGGAGGUCCAAGCGGACCCGGAGGUCCAAGCGGGCCCCGAGGUCCAAGCGGACCAGGUGGCCUAGGAGGACCUAGUGGUCCAGGAGGACCUAGUGGUCCAGGAGGACCUAGUGGUCCAGGAGGACCUGGACGCCCAGGAAUAUUCGUUAGCCCAGGAGGACCCGGUAGUCCAAGCGGGCCUGGAGGCCCAAGACAAAUUGGUGGUCCAGGAGGACCCGGUGGUCUAAGCGGGCCUGGAGGCCCAAGAGGAAUUGGUGGUCUAGGAGGACCCGGUGGUUUAAGCGGGCCUGGAGGCCCUAGAGGAAUUGGUGGUGCUGUAGGACCCAGUGGUUCAAGCGGACCGAGUGGUUCAAGUGGACUAGGUGGUCAAAGCGUACCCGGUGGUUCUAGAGGACCCAGUGGGUCAAGCGCGCCUGGUGGCCUAAGAGAACCCAGUGGCUCAGGGGCACCCGGUAGCUCAGUGGGUCGCGGUGGCCCAGGGGGACUCGGUGGCCCAGGGGGACUUGGUGGCUCAGGAGGACCCGGUAGUCCAAGAAUACCCGGUGGUCCAGGAGGACCCGGUGGCCCAGGAGGACCCGGUGGCCCAGGAGGACCCGGUGGCCCAGGAGGACCCGGUGGCCCAGGACGACCCGGUGGCCCAGGAGGACCCGGUAGCCCAGGAGGACAAGGUGGCCCAGGAGGACCCGGUGGCCCAAGAGGACCCGGUGGCCCAAGAGGACCCGGUGGCCCAGGAGGACCUGGUGGUCCAAGCGGACUAGGUGGUCAAAGCCGACAAGGUGGCUCAUUCGAACCAGGUGUCUCAAGCGCGCCUAGUGGUCCAAGAGGACCCAGUGGUCCGAGCGGGCUUGGAAGCCUAGGAGGAGUUGGUGGUCCAGGAGGACCCAGUGGUCCAAUUGGGCCCGGUGGUCCAAUUGGGCCUGGUGGUUUAAGCGGGCCCGGAGGCCCAAGAGGAGUCGGUGGUCUAGGAGGACCCGGUGGUCCAAGCGGAUUGAGUGGUGCAAGCCGAACGAGUGGUCCAGGCGGACUAGGUGGUCAAAGCAGACCAGGUGGCUCAAUUGGACCAGGUAGUCAAAGCGUGCCCGUUUUAGGUUCUAGAGGGUCUAGUGGGCCAAGCGCGCUUGGCGGUCUGAGAGGACCCGGUGGCCAAACAGGACCAAGUGGUCCAACAGGUUUAGGAGGACCGAACGCUUUUAGUGGCUCUAGCAUUCAAGGUACCCCAAGCAGCUUUGGAAGUAUUGGAAAAGUACCGAGUGGUCCAAGAGGACCCGGUAGUCCAGAAGGAGCCAGUGGCUCAAGUGGAUCUGGAGGUCAAUAUGGAUUAAUUGGACCAAGCGGACCAGGUGGUCCAAGCAGUUCAGGUGGUCCAAGCGGGCUUGGUAGACCAAGUGGUCCGAGAGGAUCCGGUAGUUUAAGUGGACCUGAUGGUCCUUAUGGACCAAGUGGUCCUAGCAGACCAAGCGGCUCAGUUGGAUCAGGUGGUAAAAGCGUACCUGGUGGUUCAAGAGGACCCAGUGGUCCAGCAGGCUUAGGAAGCCCGAACGUUCCUGGUGGUCCUGGCAUUCAAGGUAUCUCAAGCAGCUUUGGAAGUUUUGGAAAAUUACCGAGUAGCACAGGAAGCCUAGUUGUUCCAGGUGGUUCAAAAAUCACCGAUGUUGCAAAAACAUCUAAGGCUCCAGGAGAUUUAUCCGCUUUUUCACAAGGGGCAAGAGGACCCGCAGUUUCUGGGGGAAAAGAUCUAUGUCACUUUGGCGGCCCAGGAGGAUCAACUUCAAACAGUUUUGACGGUGGAUUCAUUUUCACUCCGCCCACGUCUGGCGAUAAAUGUUUGCCACCUUUAUCUGUGAAACCAAUCACCGUACCAAAAAUUACAACAUCAACUUGCCCGUGCUAUCUGGUUGGUCCUGAAAGUAGUGAUACUAAACUAGCUGCCUUUAAUAGACCGUCUGGCACGCCUGCAUUUAGUUCAAUUCGUCCUGAAAAUUUGCCGCCAGGCGCAGUUAUAGGUUUUCUGCCGGUUGUGUUCUUCCCGUAUUGUCCGGAUGGUAACACGAAAGGACCAGAGCCGACUACACUGCAACCGCUGUUUCCAUCAGCUAUACCCAUACCAUAUCCUUGCGGCCAAUGUAACAGUGGCAGCGCGAGAAAUCAAAGAUCAGCUGGAAACGACAGCUUUAUGAAAGUACUGAAUCAAUCAGGCGUCGGUAUAGCAUUUGUCGAAAGCUCUUAGAUAAAUUCAAAGAAGAUGCAAGAACAUUAUAUUUAACAUGAGAGUAAGUUAGAAACAUUACAUCUCUCAACACCAUCUUGAGUCAUUUGUUCUGUGAAUAGUGUAUUAUU